AUGGAACAGUACUCUCGGGUUGCUUCCUCAACAUUUGUUCUCAAGGUAAAUAUCAGCUGCCGUGGAUGUGAGACACACAUCGAAAAAGUGCUGCAAAAAAUUCCCGGAGUAUGGCCUGAUUCAACGGUGAUAGAUGCAGAGAAAGGACGAGUUACUGUUUCAGGCUUUGUAGACCCUCCAACUGUAAUAAGGGAGCUUAGCAAUGCUGGGAAAAUAGCAGAGCUCUUGCAGAUUGUUUCACAGUCAGAAGUGGAUGUCAAAAUUCCACGGGGUCAAGUUGUUUUCGUUGAGCCAGUUCGCUUUUUGCCAAAUAAUCUGGGGCAGUUCCUGAAUGAUAUUGAACGCCUGAAGGAAGUGGAGGUGACCCGUGACAGUGUGAAGAUGUCUUUCUACGAUGAGUCAAGUGGUGGAAACAGGAAAGAUGGUGGUGGAUCUCGUGGCAGUGGUGGUGAUUGA